GUGGAGGGCCAGAUAAAACAGCCUCGCAGAGUGGAGAGCCACACACUCGCUCACACACGCGCGCUCACGGAACCAAGGACCAAAGUUGCAACGUACUUUCUCUGGCAUUUUUGUCAACAAGGGGAAAGGAGACGAUGAGGGUGCGGUUUCCUGCUCUGGAGCUGCUGGCCUGGCUGUGCUUCUGCGCUCUUGCGGGGCCCGCGGAAGGGGGAAAGGUGCUGGUCAUGCCCGUGGAUGGGAGCCACUGGCUGAGCAUGAAGAUCUUGGUGCAGGAGCUGACGCACAGAGGACACCAGGUGGUGGUUCUGGUGCCUGAAAGCAGCCUGUUGAUCAAGUCCUCCGAGAGCUACCGGACCCGCCACUACAAAGUGCCGUACACCAAAGCCGAGCUGGACGGCAAAUUCACCGAGCUCAAGGAUAGCGUUUUCGUCAAGUCGCCGGACAUCACCGAUUUGUUUGUCAACGUGCAGCGUCUGGUCAACUUCACCAACUUCCAAGGGAAAGGCUGCAGAGCUCUGCUCAAUGAUCAGCUUCUGCUGAGUCAACUGAAGGACGAAGAAUUCAGUCUCGUGCUGACCGACCCCUUCCUGCCAUGCGGAUCCAUCCUGGCUCAAGUCUUCUCCAUCCCGGCUGUUUAUUUCCUGCGCGGGCUUCCCUGCGACCUGGACACCAAAGCCAACCAGUGCCCCGUCCCGCUGUCUUACGUCCCCAGAUUCUACUCCGGGAACACGGAUCUCAUGACUUUCCCGGAGAGGUUGAAAAACAACAUCAUGGGUGCAGUGGAGCUCUUUGUGUGUCGUGUUUUGUACGCUGACUUUGACCAGCUGGUCCGGGACUUCGUGGACCCGGGAAUGACCUACAAGGAACUCUUGAGCCACGCAGCGAUUUGGCUCCUCAGGUACGACUUUGCGCUGGAGUGGCCCAAACCCAUGAUGCCCAACAUGGUCUUGAUUGGCGGUAUCAACUGUGCGAAGACGCAGCCCCUGCCCGCGGAUUUAGAGGAGUUCGUGGAGGGUUCGGGAGAGGACGGCUUUAUUGUCUUCACCCUGGGCUCCAUGGUGUCCACCAUGCCUGCGGAGAUAGCCAUGCGCUUCUUUGAAGCCUUCGAAAGGAUUCCUCAAAGGGUUUUGUGGCGAUACACCGGAGUUACACCCGAGCAUGUGCCAAAGAACAUCAAACUCAUGAAGUGGCUGCCUCAGAAUGACCUCUUGGCCCACCCCAAGGCCAGAGCCUUCCUCACCCACGGAGGAACCCACGGCAUCUAUGAAGGCAUCUGCAACGCUGUGCCCAUGCUGAUGUUCCCGCUGUUCGGGGACCAGGGAGACAACGUUCUCCGCAUGGUGGCGCGCGGCAUCGCGGAGAAACUCGGCAUCAUCGACGUGACAGCAGACAAACUGCUGGCCGCUCUGAAUAACAUCAUCAAUAAUAAAAGUUACAAAGAGAAGAUGGUGAAAUUGUCCGCCGUACACCUGGACCGUCCUCUACCGCCUUUGGACCUGGCGGUUUUCUGGACAGAGUUUGUCAUGAGACACAACGGCGCCGCGCACCUGCGAGUGGCCGCGCACGACCUGAACUGGUUCCAGUACCACAGUCUGGAUGUCCUCGGCUUCCUGCUCGCCGUGGUCACCUUCGCGCUGUGGCUGGCGCUCAGAUGCUGCCUGCUCUGCACGCGCAAGUGUUGCGGCCGGGGGACCGCCAAGAGGAAAACCGAGUAAAGACGAUGCGGGAUAUGAAGUCAUUUUUAACGGUGGGCUGUGAAUUUUAAGCUGAUCAAUUUUAUUUUUGACAACAAUUGUCCAAAUAUGAAUGUUUCAAAAGUCUCAGGUGCUGUAUUAUCGCCAUCUUGUGUCAGAACUUUUGUGCAAAAUGGGUCACACACGCGUCGUGUGGGGUUGUAGAAAUCAAGCGAAUUCAGGACAAAGUACCGUUUUUUCCAGAGCACCGGAUUAUAGGGCGCAUUAAAGGAGUCAUAUAAUUAUGAUUAUGUUCUAAAUGUAAAAUACUUCCUUGUGGUCUACAUAACAUGUAAUGGUGGUUCUUUGGUCAAAAUAUUGCAUAGAUGAUGUUUUACAGAUCAUCUUUAAGUCGCUUCCGGAUGCGCCGUUUUGUGGGCGGUCUUAUUUACGUGGCUCACCUUCGACGGCGUUUUCUCCCCGUCAUUUUUAUUUGUACCGGUGUAGCGUGCAAGGACGAGAGUGGAAGAAGUGUCAAAAGAUGGAGCUAACUGUUUUAAAGAAUGUGAAGGUCUUGCACCGCCGGGUUCUUCGGACCACCAAGGACGGACAUGACAGGCUCGAGGGUUUUGUGAUUUGGUUUAUUUUCUAAUAAACUUAUCAUUCUGCUUUUUUAAAUUAAAUCAUAUUGGCGAUCAGGGGUGUCCAAACUUUUUCCAGCGAGGGACACAAUGAAGAAAAGUUCAAACGCAGGAGUUACUUUGAUACAUUUUGUGCAAUAAAGUUGCAGUGUGCCACAGUUAUGGGCCUGCGGCCAUAACCCGCCCACGUCCUGGCGCAGUGCCACCACACACACACACACACACACACACACACACGCGAAAUCGUCAUAUUCAAAAGCAGAGUUUGCAAAAGUGGCAACUAUGGCGUCCGUUUUUAAAUCAUCACUUUAUGAAGGAAGUGCUGUGAUUGACAGCUAUGAACGGCAAUCAUUUCAUUCGACCCGCACACAAGCAUUUUUUGUUGUCUUUUUACAGAGUUGAACUUACUAAUUUUAUUGUUUUAACAUGUGUUUCUAAACCACAAAUGCAAGCAGGUGGUGGUGUUCUUGUGUACGUUGGGUUAGCUCCAUGUAAAUUGUCAUAGAGCAGCUAUAAAGAUGCUAAAAGCAAUCCAGUGUGGUUCAAUAAAUGCUAUGGUGUUUAAGGUGAUGAAGCCAAUUAGUAUAAUAGCUAAUAAUAUACUUUAUUAAUUCAUUUAUUACAUUUUACAAAAUGCCAAAGGCUGUUAAAAAAAUGUGGCCUGGCAGCACUUUGGGCGUCCCUGCUGGAGCAGAUUGUUUCCUUUUCUGCCUCCUAGUGGACUGUGAGUAUAUUGCGAUAUGAGAUUAAAAACACUAAUAAAUCAUCAUGGGAAAACUGUGAAAGAAA